AUAUACGACGUCGACAGAAGUUUUUUAUUCUGAUCUUAACGUCAUUUAUGACUAAUUCUUGAUUAAGUAAAUGUAGAAAAAUGUAAAGACUUAAGGAAUUUAUAAAUAAUCCUUUCGAACGAUAUAAUUUUGUAACAAUCAACGAUUUAACAUCAUUGUCGAUGUUUUUUCCUUCGAUUUGAAAAUCUUUCUUUACGAUUUAAAAAUUGGCGCCAUCGUAAGGUCAUCUGCACAAUAACUUUAUCAUUGUUCUAUACUCGUUCUAUCGAGGAAAAUGUCAAAAGUAUUACGAAGAGAAAAUCUUGACCGAUCUCUCGUUGGUUAGUCUUAAUUUUAAUUGACUUAGUUUCGACAGUGAUUACCGAGUGUAUCGUAUAGAUGCACUCUCUCAGCUGCUGCUCCUAGUAAAUUGUACAUAUAACUGUCUGACUGUGCGAAAUUUCAAAGCUUUAGGAUUUAUUUAUAGUAUAAGUAUCAUGUAGUGUCGAUACAAACCUCGUGGACCUCUUCUACAUUGGACCAUGUUAUUCGCCUUCUGAUUCAGCACAAUUACAGACGUUUCAAUUAUAACGCAUAAUACGUUUUAGUAGUCGAUGCGGUGAACGACACAAGGAACAUCUAAUUUAUUGCUUUAUAUUUCAUUCUCUCUUUCUUUCUUUUUUUUUUUUUUCCUUCUCUCUUUCUCCUCAUUAUUGGUGCAGUACUCGAAGAUAAAUAAUGAGGAAGUUACGAUCGAGUAUUUUUCAUGACAUUUACAAUCAGCCAUAUGAUGACUAUUCCAGACACAAGUUAUAUUCUAGCAGCAAAGCUAGCUUGCAACUUAUACAACGUAUGUCAUUAUUGAAAAGAUUAAAAGUUCAUAAUGGUUGUGUAAAUUCCAUAUGCUGGAAUAGUACAGGUGAUUUAAUAUUGUCUGGUAGCGAUGAUCAACAUCUUGUUCUUACCAAUGUUUAUAAUUAUCAGGUUUUAACUGAUCAUAAAACAAGUCACAGAGCUAAUAUAUUCAGUGCCAAAUUUUUGCCAAAUAGCGGUGACCACCGUAUAGUUUCAUGUAGCGGCGAUGGCAUUAUUUUGUAUACAGAUUUAAUGAGAAGAACAGAAACGUUUCAUAAUCAGUUUACAUGUCAUAGCGGUACUACGUACGAAGUAGCGACAAUACCAGGUGAACCUCAUAGUUUCUUAAGUUGCGGAGAAGAUGGAACUGUGAGAUGGUUUGACCUCAGAGUAAAGGAAAAAUGUAAUGUUGCAAGAUGCAGAGAGGAUGUAUUAAUUUCAUGCCAAAGAGCUGUAACUGCCUUAUCUGUUAAUCCUGUAAUGCCUCAUCAAAUUGCAAUUGGUUGUUCGGAUAGUACUGUUAGAACAUUUGACAGAAGAAUGCUUGGAACCAAGGCUACAGGUUGGACAGAUAACAAUGGAUCGGUAAGACCGCUAUGCAGUUUUACAGUACCAGAAUUUGAUGGAAAUUCUUACAGAAUAACAUCCUUAAGUUAUAGUCCAGAUGGACAAGAUGUUCUUGUCAGUUAUAGUAGUGAUCAUUUAUAUUUAUUUAGCAUGAAGGAUCAAGGUAAUGUACACUUGAAGAAAGAUAUACAAAUGGGCAAGGGGAAAGGUAAGAAACAUCCAUUGAGAUCUCCUCAGCUUGUACGUCGUUUGAGAUUAAGAGGAGAUUGGUCAGAUACAGGACCAGAUGCACGUCCUGAACGAGAAGGUGGUCGACGUAGUGGAACAGAAAUUGCCCAAGCCAGGCCAGUUUUACAUACUUCAUUGAUGCAAAGAAUGACAGAUGUUCUUAGCAGAAUGCUAAACGAUCCGGCUACUCGUGCGGCCUUAAGUGGUGGCGGAGAAGAUAGUUUGGAAGGUGUUAUCGAUCAACAGGAAAAUAGUCAGCGUAGUAACGAUAAUAACACGGCAUCGAAUGCGGAUGCAAAUCGUGAACAGCAACAAAUAGAAACCGAAACGGACAAUGAUGUACAAGGGCAAGAGAAUAUAUCGUCCCUUGAUCAACCUGAAAAUUCAAAUAACGAUGAAAUAAGAAAUGAAGUCAGAACUAACUCUGUACCAAAUGACGAUCAAGUAUCUUGUGACUUGGCAAUCCAAAGUUCAUCUGUUUCAACAAAUAAUUUUAAUACAACAGAAUCAAUAAACAAUGAUUUGGAUGACGUCCAGGUGACAGAAACUCAAACCAAUUUGUUAGAAUCAAAUAAUACUUGUACCAAUUCCGCGGAAACUAGAAGUAGCGAUGGAGAAUGUGAUACGGAAGGAGAAGCUAGCAAUGCUGAGACGAAUUGUCAUACAGAUAUUGCUUCUAAAAGAGAAGAGAAUAUGAUGGAAAAUCUACAAGACAGAUUAACGACAAUGAGAGACGGAUUUUUAGAAAGGCAUGGAAGUGAACCAGCUGUUAGUCUAACAUAUUCCGAUAAAAGUUCGACUAGGGCAACUAUAUCCUUAGGCGUUGCCGAUGAAGUUAUUCGUGAUAGCUAUCACGCAGGACCAUCUGGAAGUCAAAGUACCGAACGUCUUGAUCCAGGUCCAAGUAAUAGUUAUAAAAAACGUAUGUUAUAUAGAAGUGCUCAAGAAAAGAUUGAUGACAGUGCUUAUAUUGAUAGUGACGACGAAGAUAUACCAUCCCAUCAUAGAUUGGUCCAUCCAGUUGAAACUGAAAUGGACGAAGCUAUUGCAAAUGCUCGUACGUCGCAAGGCCAAGAAUCAUUCGAUGAGACGUACUUAACGGAACUUUGCGUUAAACAAAAAUAUAUGGGACAUCGAAAUGCCAGUUUCUUUAGGACCAUGAUCAAAGAAGCCAAUUUCUGGGGCAACGACUUCGUGAUGUCAGGUAGUGACUGUGGACAUGUAUUUGUCUGGGAAAGAGACACCGCAAAAUUAUGUAUGUUGCUCGAAGCCGAUCAACAUGUUGUUAAUUGUCUACAACCACAUCCUUAUCUACCAAUGUUGGCUACGUCGGGCAUUGAUUAUGACGUUAAAUUGUGGGCACCCAUCAACGAAGAGUCGAGUUUUAACGAGAAAUUUGCUGAUGACUUGAAGAAGAGAAAUGCUGUUAUGCUGGAAGAAACCAAAGAUACGAUUACAGUACCUGCCGUUUUUAUGAUCAGAAUGUUGGCAUGCUUGAAUCAGAUACGCAGAGGUCGCGGUCGCAGCCGAAGGAGGAGCGGAGACGAGAAUGACGAAUUGCGAGGUGGAUAAUACGUUUUCAACGAUCUCACAAGUUAAAAUAAUAAAUUGAAGCCUAAGGUAACGGUGGUAUCUAUGUAUAUAGAACAUUUAUAUUUUUCGGCCUUUUAGAAUACAAAAUUUAGAAGAAAACUGAAGAAAAAUAAGUGAACAAUUUGACGGUAGUAUUAUAUUUCAAUCGACUCGAACUUUUCCUAAGAUUUCCGAAUAAAAAAACCAACGAAAUUAAAAUGAUAGAAAGGUAAUAAGAUGACAGAAGUAUUUCAGAUCUAUUUCUUUCUGGUAACACUUUACAUUUAUAUGAUAAAAUUCUUAGUAUAUAAUACCUGUAAUACUCAUUAAUACGAAUUAAGAAUUAAUUAUUUGAGGUAGAGCUUGUGCCUGAACUAAAAUUUUUAUUCCCAUAUAAUAAAUUUAACAUAUUCGCUAUUAACGUUAAGAGAAUGUUUGUUUUAUUCAGUGCAUGAGACGUGUCCUAUACAUAAUCAUUGUUCAAUAAAUAAAUAAACCGAGGAUAAUUAACAGAACGAUUAGCUACCAAGUUAAAUUCUUAACGAAGUACUUUGAUAGCGAAUGUGUUAAAGGAUUCUUCGUCGAUGAUAUUUUUAUUGUAUUUAAUAACGCUCUAUUUACCAUUUCGUCGUAUGUCAUUAGUUUGGUCGUCAUUACCGAGUGUUAUUAAUAUCGUAUAAUUGUAUUUUCUUUGGACUUUUAAUCUUAUUGAAGAAAAAAUAGCAUUUACGAUGAUUAAAAGACGGUGAUUUGUUCCAUUGGAAUGUAAUGAACAAAAUUCUUUGUAUAUGCUUGACGAAUAACAUAAAUGUAGGUAGACAUAUGUUGUACGAGGAGAUACAAUGAUAAACUAGAAUGGAUCUGGCCACGGAAAUUUAUUUUGUAAUCUUAUCAUCCGAUCCCUCCACUAUCCAUUCUUCUUAAAAAAGAUUUUAUUCGUAAUGAUUCGUUUUUCUUUUUUUUUAAAUUUUCUUUUUCUCAAUCUAUUAUUUUUACUUCAUAUUUCGAAGAACGAAAUACAAUCAUACGCAGUUAUUCAUCACGUAAUAAACUAUUUCCAAUGUAAAUGAAAUUGAAAAUCGAUUGGCUGACUAAGUGAUAAGAUUUGGAUAAAGAUCUUAUCCGUGACCAGGUCUGAACUAGAAAGAAGAAUGUUCUAACUUAAACGUAACGUAGAUACAUACAAUAACCGUGCAAUAAGAAAACCGAUAUAUAAAUAUAUAGGUAUAUAUUUAAAUAUAUUAUAUAUAUAUAUAUGUGUAUAUAUAUAUAUAAUUUGCUUCUGGUUGUUAAAAAGAUACACAAGUAGGAUGGCAGAAUUUUCGAAAGGAUUUUCUCUGUUUAACAUUUUUAUAUAUAUAUAUAUAUAUAUAUAUAUAUAUAUAUAUAUAUAUAUAUAUAAAAAGAAAAAGGAAGCUCGAUAAUAUUGUUGAAAAUUACAAUUAGAAAUAAGGGAAAUGCAAUGUAACCGUGAUUGUCCAUCUGGUCCAAUAGGACGAAACGAACAAUCAGGCGUGCCUUAAAAUGGCAAAAAAGCCCACGCGUCUUGGCUUCUUUUGCAAAUCAAAAAAAAAAAAAAAAGAAAAAAAAGGAAAAAAAAGAAGAAAAGAAAUGGAUUCAUGUUCGCGGCAAACAAGCCUUAAAAAUUAUGGUAGCAAUUCAAUUGCGCUUCCACCUUUUAACGAUAGCACCACGUAAAGGUAGUUUGUUUAAAUGUGUAUUAAAUAACGAGCAUUGUAUAAUUACGGAUUCAAUGUAUGUUCCGUAAGUUAAAUUGAUUUUAUAAAAAAAUAUUAUAUUAAAAAUGGUAUAAGAAUAGAAAGAAAAAAAGCUUUAGUUUGCGAUUGAGAUCUUGUAAUGCAUGCAGCACAACGAAGAAAGAAAAAUUAUGAAAGAUCUUAUAUAAUAUAUAACGUGUACACGCUU